AUGGAUUCCCGGGUGGAUGGGAACCUCACUACAGUGUCAGAGUUCAUCCUGCUGGGCUUAACAGACGACCCCAUCCUACGAGUCAUCCUCUUCAUGCUCUUCCUAUGCAUUUACCUCGUGACCAUAUCUGGAAAUCUCAGCACCAUCAUUCUUAUCAGAAUCUCUUCUCAGCUCCAUCAUCCCAUGUACUUCUUUCUGAGCCACUUGGCUUUUGCUGACAUAGGCUAUUCAUCUUCUGUUACACCCAACAUGCUUGUGAACUUCCUGGUGGACAGAAACACAAUCUCCUACGCUGGAUGUGCCGUCCAGCUUGGCUCAGUUGUUUUUUUUGGGUCAAGUGAGUGCUUCCUUCUGGCUGCCAUGGCAUAUGAUCGAUUUGUGGCCAUCUGCAACCCACUGAUUUAUUCAACCAGAAUGUCCACACAAGUCUGUGUCCAGCUAAUUACAGUUGCUUACAUAGGUGGUUUUCUCAACACUUGGUCUUUUACUAUAUGCUUCUAUUCUUUACUCUUCUGUGGACCCAACAAAGUCAACCACUUUUUCUGUGAUUUUGCCCCUUUGGUUGAACUCUCCUGUUCUGAUGUCAGUGUCCCUGCAGUUGUCCCCUCAUUUACUGCUGGCUCCAUCAUUGUGGUCACAGUGUUUGUCAUAGCUGUCUCCUACAUCUACAUCCUCAUCACCAUCCUGAAGAUGCGCUCCACUGAGGGACGUCAUAAGGCCUUCUCUACCUGCACCUCCCACCUCACAGCAGUCACUCUGUUCUAUGGGACCAUUACCUUCAUUUAUGUGAUGCCCAAAUCCAGCUACUCAACUGACCAGAAUAAGGUAGUAUCUGUGUUCUACAUGGUGGUGAUCCCCAUGUUGAACCCCCUCAUUUAUAGCCUCAGAAAUAAUGAGAUUAAAGGGGCCUUUAAGAAAGAGAUCAGCAGGAAAGUAUUUUCUUUGUGA